GUGUAACCCGUGAAUGAUUCGCGCUGACUUGUUACAGUGAUGAUUCAGUUGUGAUCGACAUUCGGGAUGGCGUUCUAUUCGGACCUCCAGCGAAGAAACCUGCAAUGCGCGCCGGUACCUACAACGGCAGCUGCCAUUGCGGAUCAUGUGUCUGGACAGCUGAGAUUACCGACCCGGAACAUAUUCUCUGCCACUGCGAUACCUGUCGGAAACUGGGAGGAGGGCCGUACUCGAUGAACCAGAUCAUUCACAAGGACCAACUACGCAUCCUCACUGGGCAACCCAGAGUCUACACCUACACCGGCGCCUCCGGAAAUCCUGUCCACUGCUACUUCUGCCCAACCUGCACCUCGCACAUCUACCACCAUCAGGCCGUCAUGGGCGAUCGCAUCAUCAUCCGGACCAUCCUCCUCGACGGCGGACAACGAAUGCAACCGGGAGGCGAGAUCUUCGCGGAGGGAAAGCUCGGGUGGGUGGACGCAUUGCGGGAAACGCUGGAAAAGAAGAGUUAGACAGUGGAGAGAAAAGUGAAAUAAUAGACACCGUUCAGGGCGAAGUACUUGUACUCUGGUACA